CAGGGCCCGGCUAGAAGCCUUCUCUGACAACAGCGGGAAGCUACAGCUCUCUCUGCAGGAGAUCAUAGAAUGGCUGACAGCCAAGGACGAGGAGCUGUCGGAACAGCUGCCCAUAGGAGGGGACGUGGGGGCUGUCCAGCACCAGAGGGAGUUCCAUCAGGCAUUUAUGGAGGAUGUCAAGUCUCGCGGGCCCUUUAUCUACUCUGUCUUGGAAUCGGCCCAGGCCUUUCUGGCACAACACCCCUUCCAGGAACCUGAGGAGACCCUGACUGACGGAAAAGAGGUGUCUCCCCGUCGGCGGAUUUUGAAUGUGAGCCGAUCUGUAUGGAAGCAGGCAAACGUGGCCAGUGACCUGUGGGAAAAACUAACGGCACGCUGUGUGGACCGGCAUAGACACAUGGAGAGAACACUGGAGCGUCUUCUGCAAAUCCAGGCAGCCAUGGAGGAGCUGGCAAGGGCCCUGGAGCAAGCAGAGGGGGUCAGAGAUGCCUGGGAGCCCGUUGGCGAUCUCUUCAUCGACUCUCUGCAGGACCACAUAGACGCCACCAAGUUAUUCAAGGAGGAGCUGACCCAGGUGAAGGAGGGCAUGAAACACAUUAAUGAUCUUGCUCACCAGCUGGCCAUCUCUGAUGUCCAUUUGUCCAUGGAGAAUGCCCGUUCCCUGGAGCAUCUCAACAACAGAUGGAAAGUGCUUCAGGGAUCCAUAGAGGAGCGGCUGAAGCAGCUCCAGGAUGCACACAGAGAUUUUGGCCCCGGAUCGCAGCACUUCCUCUCCAGUUCAGUGCAGAUACCGUGGGAGCGAGCGAUCUCCCCAAACAAAGUGCCCUACUACAUCAACCAUCAGGCCCAGACAACGUGCUGGGAUCAUCCAAAGAUGACAGAACUGUACCAAGCGCUGGCGGAUCUGAACAAUAUCAAGUUCUCGGCGUACAGGACGGCCAUGAAGCUGCGACGGGUUCAGAAGGCUCUGAAAUUGGAUUCGGUGGCAGUGAGCAGCCUCACGGAAGUGUUUCGGGACCAGGAACUGCAGCAGGCGGAGCACGUGAUGGAUGUCGUGGAGGUGAUUCACGGUCUAACAGCUCUGUACGAAAAGCUGGAGGAGGAGCGGUCCGUCCCAGUCAACAUUCCGCUCUGUGUUGAUAUGUGUCUCAACUGGCUGCUCAACGUUUAUGACAGCGCUCGAAAUGGCAAAAUGCGAGUUCUCAGCUUCAAGAUGGGAUUGGUGAGCUUGUGCAAUGCGGACGUCCAGGAGAAGUACAAAUUCUUUGACAGCUCCUCCACCACUCUGACAGACUUAAAUAUCUCAACAACAGUGGCGGCUACUGGAGGUGCGACAGACCAGCGUCACCUGAGCCUGCUGCUUCAUGAAGCCAUCCAGAUUCCCCGCCAGCUCGGAGAAGUCGCCGCUUUCGGUGGCAGCAACGUGGAGCCAAGUGUUCGAAGCUGCUUCCGCAUGGCCCCAGGGAAACCUGCCAUCGAGGUGUCUCACUUCCUGGAAUGGAUGAGCCUUGAGCCCCAAUCAAUGGUUUGGCUUCCUGUCCUGCACCGUGUAGCUGCUGCAGAGUCCACCAAGCACCAGGCCAAAUGUUAUGUCUGCAAACAAUGUCCCAUUAAAGGCUUCAGGUAUCGCAGCUUGAAGCAGUUCAAUGUGGACAUCUGCCAGACAUGUUUUCUCACUGGCCGAACAACCAAGGGAAAGAAGCUGCACUACCCCAUCAUGGAGUACUACACCCCGACAACCUCGGGGGAAAAGAUGAGGGACUUUGCCAAGACUCUGAAGAACAAGUUCAGGUCAAAGCAGUACUUUACAAAGCACCCACAGAGAGGUUACCUGCCCGUGCAAUCUGUGCUGGAAGCUGAGAGCUCAGAGACUCCGUGCUCGUCACCCAGGCUCCCCCAUGCAGACACACACAGCAGGAUCGAACAUUUCGCAAGCAGGGAUGAAGAUCAGUACCUCCUGCGUCACUCCAGCCCAGCCCUGGAUCAGGACUCCCCCUGCGGGCAGCAUAUGCUGCUGGCCCACCUGGAGCACCAGGACAAGGAGCAGCUCCAGCGCACCCUGGCCCGCCUGGAGAACGAGAACAGGGUGCUUCAAGGCGAAUACAAGCGGCUCAAGUGGAAGCACGAUGAAGCAACUUCGGUUCCCAUGCUGACCGAGGCUGGAGAGAGCUGCCUGGGGUCCCCCACAGCGGGAGAGCAGCAAGAUGAAGAGUUGCUGGCUGAGGCCCGGGUCCUCCGACAACACAAAACACGACUGGAGACACGAAUGCAGAUCCUGGAGGACCACAACAAACAGCUGGAGUCCCAGCUGCGCAGGCUCAGGGAGCUCCUGCUACAGCCCAAAGACGAUUCGGAGGCCAACGGAUCGGAACCGUCAACACUGUCUUCACCUGUGUCGAGAUGGGGUCAACAUGGCGAGCCGGCCAGCAGGGAGACCACGGACACUGAAGCGGCAGGAGAUGAUCUGGAGCACGAGCAGGACACGGUGCUGCAGCUCCAGGAGGUCAUUGAGCAGCUGAGAAAUGUCUUUCCCUCAGAACCGGGCACCACCUCACACAUCUAA